UGAGAUCACUUCGCGGCGACAGAGGCUCGGCAGUUGCAAGUUAUCCCUCACCCGGUUAUCAGAUCUCAUCGCCACAACUGGGAUCCUCCUUUAUAUAGCCUACUGAGCCACAAACAAAGCGCCAGCAUCCAGCACGGAGCUUGAAUCCUUUUCUCUUUUCUCCCUCCCUUCUUUCUUAUUUUGCCCCGGGUCAGGCUUAACUCUCCGUUGUCUUGUGAAGCCAAUAGCGGGUGGUCAUCGCGUGAGCCAAGGAGUUUUACUGUACAACCUAUAUUGGCUGUUAGAACGUCAUGACAGCCGAAAAGACUCUUCCCAUUAUAAAUGGAAAACCAGAUGAUGCCAUGGACGCAGAGGCUUCAAAAACCAACUCGGUGCGCAGCAAUGACCAAAAAGUGAACGAGAGGGGACACUGGAACAAUAAGAUUGAGUUUAUACUGUCCGUCGCUGGGGAGAUUAUAGGACUUGGCAACGUAUGGAGGUUCCCAUAUCUUUGUUACAAAAAUGGAGGAGGUGCUUUCUUUGUGCCCUAUGUCAUAUUCUUUGUCUGCUGUGGAAUCCCAGUGUUCUUCCUUGAGACAGCCCUGGGCCAGUUCACUAGUGAAGGAGGGAUCACGUGUUGGCGAAAAGUCUGUCCACUAUUUGAGGGAAUUGGAUAUGCAACUCAAGUCAUAGAAGCUCAUCUCAAUGUGUAUUAUAUCGUCAUCUUGGCCUGGGCAAUCUUCUACCUGUUCAACUGCUUCACAACAGAGCUUCCCUGGGCAUCAUGUGGCCACGAGUGGAACACUGAAAACUGUGUGGACCAUCGGAACUUGAGCGUUCACAACUUCUCCCACCCUCAUGCCACCACUCCAGUUAUUGAGUUUUGGGAGCGGCGUGUGCUUAAAAUAUCGAGUGGCAUUGAGCACAUGGGGAAGUUGCGCUGGGAGCUUGCACUCUGUCUGCUAGUGGCAUGGAUCAUUUGCUACUUCUGCAUAUGGAAGGGGCCCAAAUCCACUGGAAAGGUGGUCUAUGUCACUGCAACGUUCCCAUAUGUCAUGCUGCUGGUCCUGCUCAUCAGAGGAGUCACCCUUCCUGGAGCUGCCAAUGGGAUUAAGUUCUACCUCUACCCUGACAUCUCACGCCUGUCUGACCCGCAGGUAUGGGUUGAUGCAGGGACUCAAAUUUUCUUCUCAUAUGCAAUUUGUCUUGGCUGCUUAACUGCCCUUGGCAGCUACAAUGCCUACAACAACAAUUGCUACAGGGAUUGUCUCAUGCUGUGCUGUCUGAACAGUGGCACAAGCUUCCUCGCUGGUUUCGCCAUCUUCUCUGUGCUUGGCUUCAUGGCCUAUGAGCAGAACGUGCCCAUUGAAGCAGUGGCUGAAUCGGGGCCUGGACUGGCGUUCAUUGCCUAUCCCAAGGCGGUGACUAUGAUGCCCCUAUCUCCCCUGUGGGCUUGCCUCUUCUUCAUGAUGCUCAUCUUCCUGGGCCUGGACAGUCAGUUUGUAUGUGUGGAGAGUUUGGUGACAGCUGUGGUGGACAUGUACCCCAAGACCUUCCGAGUGGGCUACCGACGGGAACUGCUGAUCUUGGGCAUGUCCAUAGUAUCCUUCCUGAUUGGAUUGAUUAUGCUGACAGAGGGUGGCAUGUAUGUGUUCCAGUUGUUUGAUUCGUACGCGGCCAGUGGAAUGUGUCUGCUAUUUGUGGCCAUCUUUGAGGCCAUCUGCAUUGGAUGGGUUUACGGAAGUGACAGAUUUUACCUGAAUAUUGAGGAUAUGAUUGGAUACAAGCCAGUAUUUCUCAUCAAGUGGUGCUGGAAGAUCCUUACUCCUGGAAUAUGUGCUGCGAUAUUCCUGUUCUUUCUGAUUAAGUACAAGCCAUUGAAGUACAACAACGUGUACACAUAUCCCAACUGGGGCUAUGCCAUUGGCUGGAUCAUGGCUCUCUCCUCCAUGAUCUGCAUUCCCUUGGGCAUGGUCAUUAAGAUCUGGAAGGCAGAAGGCACUUUCUCAGAGCGUAUUAAGAAACUGACCACUCCGAGUCCAUCCCUGAAGAUGAGAGGAAGGCCAGGCAAAGUCCCCUAUGCUGUGAAUGACUGUGAUGCCAAAUCUAAGAUCUCAACCAUCACAGAGAAGGAGACCCACUUUUGAGGAGGCACUGACACAAGCCAAUGUUGCCACCACCACCAAUGUGAACAAAAGAUUUAAUGAGACAUUACAUGUGUGUGUGUGUGUGUGAGAGGAAGUCUUUACUGUGUGAUUAUCUUACAGUAUAUCCCACAUCUCGCUUCUUUUGCACAAACGUCAUUAACACAUUCAUUUCAUAUAUAACAUCAUGACUUGAGUUAAUAAAUAUAUAUUGUAUUUGACAUUGAAGAGAAUAUAGACUGAUAAAAAACUAUAAUUUUAUUUUUGUCAAUAAUUUGUGAUACUAGCAAGCUUACUAUAUGUUUAGGAAGACACCAAUGUCAAAUAUGCUGUAAAACUUUUCACUUCUUAGCCAUGUGCUGUAUGCUUUAGAUAGCUGCCUAAUGAGUUUUGAGUCAUCAAACCAUUCCAAACAGCACCAUGUAUGUUGGUGGGGAAUUUUUCGUAGUGAAUCUUUCAAACGACCAGAACUAGCUAUCCCCUGUCGUAGUGCUAGCUGUGGCUUGCAGGGCGAGGUUCACAGUCUCUCUUGCAGGAUGUGGGGCUGCUGCAGUUGAACAGCGAUUAAAUGGAAGUGGAGUGAUGCUGGAGUGAAGCGGUUCAUGGCUUCCUUUUCGCUGCCACAAGUGAGCUUUUUUAGCUCACUUGUGUCCUCUACCGCCGCACUGCCCCUGGCCAUGACACUGCUGUGGCCCACUGCUGCCUUGUGUUCUGCCGAGACGCCAGCCCACCUCACUGUGCUGGGGCACUUCAUCAUGAGACACAGAAGGAGGAGGUUCUGAGAAAAGACAUCACAUUGUCUCAAACUCCUGAUAAAUACCUUCAGUGGAGGGCUGUGUCAGGUCUAUCAUAUUGUAUAAUAGCAGAUGUCUCACUGGGGAGGUUGGUUGUGCGGUAGAUGGACGAGUAAUUGCAAAGCAGUUUCUACAUUGUCAGUGGCUGAGCUGGUCUCAGCAGCCUGUCAUUGCUCUCAGCAUACACGCAUGUCUGCAAAUCACUUUUCUAAAUCAAAUCGUCUAGUGAAUCGUCUAGGAAAGGCAUGAAUGCAAUCACUGCUUAAUUACAGGUUCAGUUUAGUUUGCCAUAUUUCCUUUUGGAGCUCCAUUUGCUUUGUCAUCUAUGAUUUCAAAGUCAGUGGUUAGAGGAUGGCAGAGGCUUCAGGUUAGAGCUGUGAUUGGGAAGCUACUGUGACUCUCUGUUUUCAUGCAUGCUUUAUUUGGAAUGGUCUGCUUUAUCACCACAUCUUCAUGUAAGUUUGUGCAAGUAGACAAAUGUGCAUUUAAUAGAUUGUUAACAAUUAAGAAUGGUGUAUAUUUUACAUUCUGAUAGUUUUAUGCAUAUUAUUCUUUGGAACUGAAAAGAUCUUUCAUGAAAGAUUUUUGAUAUGUUGUACAACAUGUUCUUAUGGAGUUUUUAGAGGUAGGAUGCAUAUGUUGUAUGUACUGUUUACAAUGAAUUUGGUAUUCACUUUACAUGAGAAUUGUCUGCUUACCCAUUUUUGAAAAUAAAUU